AUGUGCUGCCUACAUCAUGAGCAACUGCGUCGUGCGGAGGAGAUUGGACUUGAUGUUGAUGAUGAUGGGCAGCUUGCCAACGGCGGUGAUAAGGAUUGCUUCCUCUCCUUUGCGGCACUCAGUCACACGCUCCAACCCGCAAGUCGGUCGUAUAUUCGUGACAACAUUGGUGAUCUGACGAUGAUUCCUCUCCUUUUGUCAUGCUUCCCACGGUACUUCCGUGUGCCCGCAAUCGACACCGUGUCAUCAUGGUCUGUCGUCGGCCUCACACGUGAGGGGAGACACUUGGCUCAACUGCUGGAAGCCUCACUAUCAUCGUUGGCAGAAGAAGGAAAAACCUUGCCGUAUCGGAGCCAACGUACUGGGUGUUUCUUUACGGGUGACGCACGUCAACAACUGGACGCCUUCCUUUUGUGGCGUUGA